AUAUCAAGAAGAUAUAGUAAUUAAUUGAAAAACAUAACUAUGAAGCUAUUAUGUUUAUUGAUGAUGGUAUUUUACCUUUCAGUUACGGCUGUGCCCGUAACUAAGCCUGGUGAAUUUAAAGGCAAAAUAUGGGUUGUAUUAGCUGCUGGUGGGGUUGAUUGGAAAAACUAUUCAAUUCAUGCCAACCUAUACCACGCGUACCAAAUGUUUCGCGGGAACGGUAUUCCCGAAGAAAAUAUAAUAGUUAUGCAUUACGACGACAUCGCCUACAAUACACAAAACCCAUCACAGGGUAAAGUGUUUAAUAAAUUCAAUGGCAGUGAUGUCUAUAACGGAGUGCCUAAACAUUAUACUGGAGAAUAUGUUACACCUGAUAACUUUUUAGAUAUACUUAAGGGCGAUGAGGGAUUGUCCCAAAAUGGCAAAUGGCCCGUGGUCAAUAGCGGCCCCAAUGAUCAUAUAUUUGUUUAUUUUAUUGACCAUGGUUCGCAUGAUAUCAUAAUGUUUCCAAACGACUUCCUAUACGGCGAACAGUUAAUCCUUGUUCUCAAAGAUAUGCAUCGCAACAAGAAAUAUGCAAAACUAGUAUUUUAUCUAGAAACUUGUAAAUCAGGAUCCGUAUUUGAUAGCAAUCUGCCCAACGAUAUUGACGUAUACGCUGUCACGUCGUCGGCUCCUCUGCAGGACAGUUGGCAAGCGUUUUGCGAUCACAAAGUAUUUAAAGCCUGCCUGGGUGGCCUAUUUAGUCAUUAUUGGUUGGAAAAUAGUGACCGAGAUCGGGACCUGAGAUAUGAAACACUAAAUGAACAAUUUGACUAUAUCUACGACAUGGCUAAUAAAACUAACUUACAUCUAAUUAAUGGCACUCAACAGCCGCAACAAUACGAUAUGUUGAAGAAAUGGAUAAAUCCUUACGUUUUGGAAAAACUGUAUAUAUUUGUGAAUAUAUGCGAAGAAAUGCGUGAAUCGAGUGAUGCGGACAUCAAUGCUGUCAACCAAUUGCUGAUACAAUACUAUUGUACUUUUAGUACUUCGUUUAACAAACAAUACAACUCAAUAACAAUGAGAAUUGCAUUAACUAUUAUUGUGACGCUUGUGGCGAUUGUGGCUCUAGGUGAAGCGUAUAUCGAUCAGGCAGUGUUCGAUCAAUUCUUGAAGCAAGAACAAACUGGUGAGAAAACUGUGCUCGACGGUAAGGCCAACCUGAUCGAGGACAUCAAACUGCACCCGGACAAUCGCUUUCAACACAAAACUUAUUGCGGUCAACUAAUCACCAUAAUUACUAAUCUCAUCACUCAACUGGCGGUUAUUUGUACAGUAAAUACCUGUCACUUGUCUAACAAACUCCGGUCUCUGCAGCCAUUGAUUACGGCACUCAUUGCAGUCCACGUGCGCUAUCAACUCAUUAGCCUUAUUGGCGGCCACGAGUGGGCCAAACACUUUGGUAUCCAAGUAUGGCAGCUGUUUACUAUCCAACAGCGUUACCGACACGGAUCGAUUGCCGCCGGUAAAGGCGCCCAUAUUAAAAUUAUCCAGAUCAAAAGUGCAACCUCCGUCAAACGCGAACGCUCUAGCCUCAAUUACCCCGAUGUUUACAUUGAAAAACUUGACUACUCGUACGGGCAGACCCGCGAACACUUGGCCACUGAUCCGACCGACAUCGAUGGCGAUUAUGGUAAUAUGCGA